AUGACUUCUUCCUCUUCUUCCUCCUCUUCCUCCCUCAGAGCCAUCGAGGCGGCGAUGCGAGGCAGCCCGGAGAACAUCCCCCUGGGAGAGUGCACCCUCUCCGAGUCCAGGGACCAGCUGACGCCCCCCAGUCGCACCGAGUCCACCGUGUUCAGCCUGUCCCGUAACGAGUCCCUCCUGACGGCCGACACACCCCCCGGCGAGGACAAAUGCGAGGUCUUCUGGUUCCCCAUCCACCUCAUGACCACUGGGGGCAGCUUCCUGGCGUGCGGCAUCAUCAUCAGCGGCGUGUACUUUGCCGGCCACUGCAGGAAGGUGACCAACAUCCUGGGCCCGGCGCUGCUGUCCAUCGGGCUGAUGGUGUUCGUGGUGGGCGUGGUCCUCAUCCCCAUCACCAAGGAGAACAGGAAGCGGUCCAACAUGAAGAAGCCACUGAGCUACUAUAGGCCGCCCAUGUUUAACCUCUGA